AUGGAGCAGAUGAGCGCAACACAGGAUGUCGUAGGAAGUCUCAAAAAUGAGUUCUUGCAGUUCAGCGACAAGUUUGUGUCGAAGUCUUCAAAGAAAACUGCGACAAAAAAUACAUCAAAUGAGCAUUUAAAGCUGAAGCCUAUCAUCCAUCCACUUUUCGCCGACCUUUGUGGAAUUGACUCUGCUCUGAGCCGUGGGAAGUGUGCCAAAUUAUUAUGUGCUGUGAAGCCCCUCGAAAACGGAGAAGCACUUAUGAGGAUUGAUGGCAAUGAAAUCUGGCACCCAAAUUGGAUGGGGAAGAUUGAUGAUGAUGUUAAUGCGCGCUUUGUCAAAGCUAUCAUUGACCGUACCUGGGGUAAUGAGGAGAAUCUUCGGACACAAGGCAAAUCAGAGAUUGACAACAACAACUAUAAAAAGGACGUCAUCACUGAGUGCACUAAAGGCUACUGGCGAAACAUACACAAGCAAGUGUGUAGUAAGAGCGAUGCCAUAAAGGCUGAAAAAGCCCAGGAACGGAAAGAUCUAACUUGUCAACGUGCACGUCGGCAAACUGUGACCAAAUCACGGCGUCAAGCUGCAUUGAAAUACGAGAAUCAGAGCAGAAACAAGGGUGCACUCACAAUAGUUGAUACUGACUUCGCAUCUGAUGUGCUCUCAUAUUUGGAGAGUGAGCUUUCAGCUGAUACGAUCCAGUGGAGGAAGAAGGCAGACAUUGGCAAGACAGCAAAUCUUGUUUGGGGCCACCAGUGGCGUAGCGUUGAUUAUGUUGCAUUCCUACACUGGCUUUCAUUGAGGAACCAGAAGCCUGACACAGACACAGAAGAUGUUGCGGGUCCCAUUAAAGAGAGUGGCGAGCCUGCAAACAAGCGUCGCAAGACAGUGCAACACAAGAAAUUCGCCAAAAAGGUAUUUGAUGUGGCGCCUCGCAAAAUGUCAGAUCGAGUACCAUCAUCGUGGAAAACAAAUGUGCCAUUUGUGACAAUGGUCACAAAGAAAUGGUGUGAUGACCACCCGGAGAUGCGCUUGCUUGACGGAGCUUCAUGGCUGGCAGGAUUCUACAAGAACCUGAAAGAGGAUGACUUGCUGAAGGAGGAUCAAGACUACUUGAAGGAGCUUGCCGAGUGGCACGAUGGCAAAGGGGGUGCUGGCGAAGGCCACAACAACGAGGAUAGCACUAGUGAUAUUGGCACUGGCAGUGCAGUUGAGUAG